AUGAUGAAAAUCCACAUCGUAUUGUUCUUUUCCAUUCAAAUUUUAUUGCAUGUUUCAUCGUCAAACAGUGGAAAAGUUCCGGCGGUUAUAGUUUUCGGAGAUUCAUCUGUGGAUUCUGGUAACAACAAUUUCAUUCCAACAAUAGCCCGAAGCAAUUUCCAACCAUAUGGUAGAGAUUUUCCUAAUGGAAAUCCUACUGGAAGAUUUUCGAAUGGAAGAAUUGCACCCGAUUUUAUCUCUCAGGCUUUUGGACUUAAGCCGAUUAUUCCGGCUUAUUUAGAUCCUUCUUACGAUAUUUCUGAUUUUGCUACCGGUGUUUGUUUUGCUUCGGCCGGUACCGGAUUCGAUAAUGUUACUGCAAGUGUUGCUGAUGUGAUACCUUUAUGGAAAGAAGUUGAGUACUACAAAGAGUACCAAAGCAAAUUAAGGGCAAAAUUUGGUGAAAAGAAAGCUAAUGAAAUAAUAAACGAGUCUCUGUAUUUGGUUAGCAUAGGAACAAAUGAUUUUCUUGAGAAUUAUUACCAACGUUUUGAAAGAAGGAUGCAAUUUAGUGUUCAAGAAUAUGAGGAUUUUUUAAUUGGUCUUGCUGAAAAUUUCUUUAGGGAAAUUUAUGACCUUGGAGCAAGGAAAAUUUCUAUGACAGGGUUAAUUCCAAUGGGGUGUCUGCCACUAGAGAGGGCCAUAAAUAUUUUGGGCCAUAAUGGUUGUAAGGAUUUAUACAAUGAGGUUGCUUUGGAAUUUAAUGCAAAAUUGGAAUGGUUAGUGGCAAAGUUGAACAAGGAGCUCAAUGGAUUUCAAUUGGUACAUACAAAGGCUUAUGAUUUGAUCAUGCAAAUUGUUAGUCAACCUUCUCAAUUUGGUUUUGAAAAUGGACAAGUGGGAUGUUGCGGAACAGGUCGAUUUGAGAUGGGUUUCAUGUGUGAUCCAAAAAGUCCAUUUACAUGCACAGAUGCAAAUAAAUAUGUAUUUUGGGAUGCUUUUCACCCCUCAGAAAGAACAAGUCAGAUAGUAUCAAAUUAUUUUAUGGAAAAAUAUCUUGGCAAGUUUCUUUGA